CUUCUCUCUCAACGAUUGCUUGACUGAACUUGGUUCAAGACGAAAGAUCCUCCGGACGAACGGAGGAUCGAGAUUGGGGAGUGUUGUUACAGAGGGUGGAUUGAAGCCUCGUGGCUAGGUUACCUUACCCACUCAUAUCGAAGCCGUUCAAGCGUCUUCCAGCGGUUCUCAAUCCUCCUCAGGCGCCCUAUAAUACAUACUCGCCUUGAGCAAGCUGGGAUUGCAGGCAAUACAUGGUGAACAGGAUAAGGAACGGAGCCUCCCGGGGAUUCCUCCCUUCUCUCGCUCUCUGUGCCGCGCUCACCCCAUAUCGAUGCCCUCUCUUGCCUCCAUCUUGCAAGCCGGCCGUACCUUACCAUGGAGGAGGUAGUCCGACUCACCGUUCUAGCUUUUCUUCUGUUGCGCGCUGUCGUCAUUAGGCGGAGUCGUGUCCUAUAGAGUCAGUCUGGUACCUACCCAAUCGUCGCACAACAUUACUGGGGGAUGCCUUACCAUUCCAACCGAGCCUGAACACGCACGUCAGUACCGCCUCCUCGGCCCACGGUCGUCGUAGUUACUGCCGUCGUGAGGCCGCUUCUGUCCACUGUACCCGCCACCACCGCGAUCUCCCCCUCCCCCUCCCCCUCCUCCA